CUGUAUGGUCGUUAAGAAAACAUCAACACUCUUUAAAACUGACUCUACACUACUCUUAUCAUCAACUCCAUAACCAUACGUACACCUCUAAAACCUUUAUCAAUGAAGACUCUAAAACCCACUAAACCAUCUCCUCUGAAGACCCAUUUCAUCAACUUCCAUCCUUUCAUUAACUCCACCAUCAAAUUAAAUCCUCAAAUUCACAUUCUUUGCAACAGGAGAGCACUAUCUUUAUCCGUAUCUUGCAAACUGAAAACCUCCAAAGAAGUCGAGAACAAGGACAAGAAUGUCUCAAGAAAGAUUCUUUUGUCAAAUUCAGCUCCACCAGUUUCAGAGGAAGGUGGUGCUGGCAACAAUGGGGAGAUUCCAGAUAAGGCGGCUAAAGGUGGAGGUGGACCAUUGCGUUUCUUCAAGAGAUUGCCUAGAAAGGUUUUGUCUGUUUUGUCUAAUUUGCCUUUGGCUAUUGGUGAAAUGUUUGCUAUUGCUGGGCUCAUGGCUUUAGGUACUGUUAUUGAUCAAGGGCAGGCCCCAGAAAUCUAUUUCCAGAACUACCCCGAAGAGAAUCCUGUAUUAGGGUUCUUCACUUGGAGGUGGAUCCUCACUCUUGGAUUUGAUCACAUGUUCUCAUCCCCUGUUUUCUUGGGAAUGUUGGCUCUCCUGGGGUUAUCUCUUAUGGCCUGUACUUACACGACACAAAUCCCCCUGGUUAAGGUUGCAAGAAGGUGGAAUUUCUUGCACUCAGCUGAAGCUAUCCGUAAGCAGGAAUUUGCAGACACUUUGCCCCAGGCAUCUAUUCAAGAUGUGGGUGUUAUUCUGAUGGGAGCUGGAUAUGAGGUUUUCUUAAAAGGACCAUCUUUAUAUGCCUUUAAGGGGUUGGCUGGUAGGUUUGCCCCUAUUGGAGUACAUCUAGCAAUGCUGCUGAUAAUGGCAGGGGCAACUCUUACUGCUUCCGGGAGCUUCAGGGGCUCGGUCACUGUUCCUCAGGGGUUGAAUUUCGUUGUAGGAGAUGUAUUGGGUCCAAGUGGGUUUCUCUCUACUCCCACAGAAGCUUUCAACACAGAGGUUCAUGUCAAUAAAUUCUACAUGGACUACUAUGAUAGUGGAGAGGUAUCGCAAUUUUACUCUGAUCUUUCGCUAUAUGACAUUGAUGGAAAGGAGGUUCUGAGGAAAACAAUUAGUGUAAACAAUCCUUUACGCUAUGGGGGGUUCACUAUAUACCAGACAGACUGGAGCUUUUCAGCCCUACAGAUACGUAAGAAUGAUGAAGGACCUUUUAAUUUGGCUAUGGCACCUUUGAAGAUCAAUGGGGAUAAGAAACUUUUUGGCACCUUCUUACCAGUUGGAGAUGUUAAUUCUCCUAAUGUCAAGGGAAUAUCAAUGCUUGCUCGUGAUCUACAAUCCAUUGUCUUGUAUGAUCAAGAAGGGAAAUUUGUUGGAGUUCGACGACCCAACUCUAAGCUUCCAAUUGACAUAGACGGAACAAGAAUAGUUAUUGAAGAUGCAAUUGGAAGUACUGGUCUAGAAUUAAAGACUGAUCCAGGGGUGCCAGUUGUGUAUGCUGGAUUUGGUGCCCUAAUGCUCACAACUUGCAUCAGUUACUUGUCUCAUUCUCAGAUAUGGGCUUUACAAGAUGGAACUUCAAUGGUUGUUGGAGGAAAGACCAAUCGGGCAAAGGGUGUAUUUGAAGAUGAGGUAAAUCGCUUGCUCGAUCAAGUUCCUGAGAUAGUUGAAUCAUCAUCAGUUUCCAGUCAAUCUGAUAUCAAUAGUGGCUAAUCUUUUGGGCGAAAAUUCAAAAGCGCGUUUGAAAAGGAUUACCUACUAUUCAAAUUUUGAGGUGAGACCAAGAUACAAUCAAAUAUAUUUGAUUCUUCAGAUUGAUAGAUGAGAGCAGCACAACUGAAUCUCCAUCUGAAUCCAUUUUAUAGAAUUCAGCAGUUUGGCUGAACCAUACAGUGCCUCUGGAAUGUGUAUAGUUGCCGGCAUUACUUAGUGGCUACACAUCACAACUGCUUUUUUUCUUUUUUCUUUAGCAAGGAAUCUGCUGGGAUUAGUCAGGGGAGAGCAACCCUCUGUUGCGUAGAUCAGAUGUCAUAUGGGGCUUUAGACUCGACGGCCGACAUAGAUAUUGUCUUUCAUUAUAUCCUCCUGCAAAUCUAACAGUUCUGAAGUGUAGCAUUCGGUGUAAAUGUUGGAAAAUUGAAGAAUUAUUUGAAUACAAAUCUAACAUUCUUUAGUUAUU